AUGUCAGCCAUCACUGCGCGACGUUUCACGGUAGUCACCGCUGUCGUAUUGAUGGUUCUUUUGCUGUCACGCCCAUUUCUCUUCCUCUCGGAUGACAUUUCGGUUCAGUCGCCCGUGCUUCAUGUUGCCCUACCCGCUGCGUGUCAGAUUUGGCCUGGCCAUGACUACAGUCAAGACCACCUUAAUCACACCGAUUGCGACGACACCAUCCUGUCACCUCUUUUGGGAGACGUCAGCGCGCUCGGGAACCCACGGCGAUGUCUUGAGCCCGGUUCCCGGCUGGACCAAUACUACUAUAUCCCCGGCCGCAACUGGUUCGAAGUGAGAUGGGGCCAUGUACAGACCCGAUGCGCUGCAGCGGAAUACAAGUUGUCACCCCUUGACAGCCAGAUGGACAUGACAUGGCGCAAACCUGCCGAUGCGCCCGGCUCCGAAGUCGAAGCCUCACAACCGGAGAACACAGGCAGAACGGCAGUUGUGCUCCGGUCGUGGGACACUUACGAGUACACCGACAACAGACUUGCCUGGUUGCGUGCGCUCAUUGCCGAGGUCUCUCUGCAGCGCGUUGGAAGAUACCAGAUCUUUCUCCUUGUCCACGUCAAAAACCCUGACAUCAACCUGGAGGAAGACGAUGCUGCCUACGAGCAAGCGAUGAGGGACUACGUCCCGGAGGAGUUCCGUGAGAUGGCCUUUCUGUUCAAUGAAAGAACAUUGAAGGCUUGGUAUCCCCUAGUCGAAGAGCACGGAGCGCAAGACCAGAUGUACCAGGCACUUCAGAUAUUCUCACAGAAGUUCCAACAGUACGACUACGUCUGGCAGUUGGAGAUGGACCUGCGUUUUACAGGCCACGUCCACGACACACUGGAAUCAGCCUCAACGUUUACCCGCGCCCAACCUCGGCGUAACCUCUGGGAGCGCAAUGGACGUUUCUUCAUCCCUGCUCUCCAUAACAACUCGUACGAGAACUUCGUCGACGCCGUCGACACCGAGAUAGGCGACGCGGGUGUCUGGGGGCCAGCACUCAGUCCGGGCUUCACUCCCAAAGGCCCUCAACCACCGUCCCGCACGGAACGUGAUUGGGGUAUCGGUGAAGAUGCCGACUUGAUCACCUUCAUGCCCAUAUUCGACCCUGUGGGCACGGAGUGGAUAUAUGAGGGCAAUGUCAACGGCUUCGCGGAAGGACUGUCAACACCGCGACGCGCUGCCGUAGUGAGCGUCACCCGCUCAUCGCGACGUCUGCUACAGCUCGUGAGCGAUGCCCAACGAGAACGAGGCCAGUGGGUCGUCAGCGAAUCCAUACUGGAAACAUUUGCCCUCCUGCACGGGCUGAAGGCCGUGGCGGUCCCGCAGCCCAUCAUCUUCACCGAGCAGUUCGGAGCGGAGGAACUGGAUGCCAACAUCCACAAGGGUCCGCCACAUAGUAGGGCCGGAGGCGAGUAUUCCACGCUGCUCUACUCAAAGAUCGGAUUUGUGGAAACGCCUUGGUGGGAUGCGAGCUAUUGGUUCAGGGAGGAGUCUGCUGCCGGGCAGACAUGGCAAGCGUACAAGGAGGGUCGACCGUUGCCACCUAUGCUGCUGCACCCGGUCAAGGAGAGGUAG